GGUCAAUAGCGUUGACAGACGAGCUAACAAGCAAGAAAGGUGACAUACAUACAAGUUGCUCAGGCAAACAAGUAUUGCUUUGCUUACCACUUCCAUAUGGAGAUGGUAGCAACUACCAUAGGCCGGGUGUUCUCUGCCGCGUUGCUGCUGCUGCUGCCGCUGGUGGCGGCGGCACCAUCGCCUGCAUCCACGGUUGGAAGUCACUGCACCACCAGGUGCGGCAACAUCAGCAUCCCGUACCCGUUCGGCGUGGAGCCCGGCUGCUACCACCCCGGCUUCGACGUCACCUGCAGCAAGGACGUCCCUCCCAAGCUGCUCCUCCGCAACGCCUCGGAGGUGUUCGACAUCAAUCUGCCCAACGGCACGGUGGACGUCUACGUCGAUCGCGUCGACCAGUCCCUCCCCGUUCCCUACUACGGCAUCAUCAACUGGGACGUCGUCGUCGGCGUCUUCAUAGACUCGGGGCCCUUCACCCUGGCGCCGGGAAGGAACAAGCUCCUCGUGGUCGGCUGCGACGUCCAGGUCCUCCUCAUGGGGUCCGACGAGGCCGACAUCGUCAGCACCUGUGCGGCCUUCUGCUCCCGCGUCUCAGGGAACCUGUAUCAGGUGGCGUCCCCCGACUGCUCAGGCAUCGGCUGCUGCCAGGCGCCCAUCCCGACGGGCCUCAACGUCUACCUGCUCCAGUUCCGCCGGAUGAACGGAUCAUGGAGCAGCGACCAGGCUACGGUUUACGUGGUGGAUGCGGAGCGCCUGAGCUCUUUUCCGAUGGACAUGGUGUCGCCGGCCGCGCUCCCGGUGGUGCUAGAGUGGGUCAUCAGCAACUCAACGUGCCAGAGUAACUCGACGACAUCGCCUGAAUGCCGCAGCAGCAACAGCUUCUGCCAGAAUAGCACAGCUUUCCGCGGCACCGGCGGGCAUCGGUGCCACUGCGCGCAAGGUUAUGGCGGCAACCCUUACGUUCUCGAUGGAUGCAAAGAUAUAGACGAGUGCAAAUAUCCAGAGGUUUAUCCGUGUUUUGGCGACUGCAACAACACAGUAGGCGGGUACCAAUGCAAGUGCCCUCUUGGCUUUGUGGGUAAUGCGUCUAUACCGACAGGAUGCAAAGGUAACGAUCGAGAAUCUAAUAAGAUGCAAAUCAAAAUUAGUGUAGCUGCCACUUACUAUCUGUUUGCAACUACUGGAAACUGGAAUUUCCUGGAUGGUUAA